AUGAACCUGGUGAUAUCUCAGGAGAGCGUCCUCAGAGACUCGCCGAUCGUGCGCCGCAUCGCCGGCGGCGUCGGGUACGAUCUGCCGCAGUGGACGAUCCUGGCCCUAUGGUUGGCCGAGCAGCGCCACCUGGCGCGCUGCGACGGCGGCGGCGGCGGCGGCGGCAGCAGCAGGUGGGGACCAUACCUGGCCGUGCUCCCUGACGCUGCCGGAACCGUGCUGGACUGGAAGGAGGGCGAGGUCGACCGCUGGCUGUCCGGCGGCCUGCGCACCAAGGCGCGCAUCAUCACCGCCGCGGACGACGCCAGCUGGUCAGAGGUAGCAGACCUCGUAUCCGCGGCCGAGGUCGACGGCGCCUGCCCGCACGGCAUGUUCACCCGCGACAGCGUCCGCUGGGCCGUCGGCGUGCUGCUCAGCCGCUCGGUGCGGCUGGACUCUGCCGGCGGCGAGACGGUGCUGGUGCCGUUUGCGGACUUUGCGAACCACUCGGUGGACGCGGACUGCUUCCUGGACUUCGACGCGGGCAGCGGCGCGGUGGGCGUGCGGCUGGACAGGGGCUAUGCGCCCGGCGAGCAGGUGUUUAUCAGCUAUGGCCCCAAAAGCAGCGGCGAGCUGCUGCUGUCGUAUGGGUUUGCCCCUCCCCCUGGCAGCAACCCCAACGACGCGGCCUUCUUGGACCUCCGAUUAGCAGCCCCAAGUGCCCAGCUGGACGAGCAGCCAACACAGCAGCAGCAGCGGGGCCGGAAAAAGCAGCAGCAGCAGCAGCAGGCGAGCGUGACUGGGCGGCCGGCGCCGCCGGAGUCGAGGGUGCUGGAGGCCAAGCGGGCGGCGAUGGCGGCGCGCGGCGUGCCGGACAGCGAGGUCUUUGGCGUGCGGCUAGACGCGCUGCCGGAGGGCCUACUGGAUUACAUAGCGUUCCUGGAUGCCCCCCUGGAGGACGAGAGCGACGCAGAGGGCCUGGCAGACGCGCUGCUGUCCAGGGGAGAGCUGCCGAUCUUGAAGGACGGCACCAGCGCAGAGGCUCUGGCGCUUGAGGGGCUGGCGCGCAGGUGCAAGCAGGCCCUCAAAGCGUACACCCAGGACCCUGCAGCAGACAAGCGGCUAGCGGACACGGUGCUCCAGGGGGGCGGCUACGAGCAGCGGGAGGCGCUGUGCGCGUCGAUACGGCUGCGCGAGCGCGCGAUCUUGAGCCGCACAGAGUUUGUGGCGCUGCAGCGGGCCAAGGCCAUCAGGCGUGGCCAGGUGUAA